CAGCAACAAAAACAGCAGCAGCAACAACAGCAAUAGCAAAAACAGUAGUAACAAAAACAGCAGCAACAAAAACAGCAGCAACAAAAACAGCAGCAACAAAAACAGCAAUAGCAAAAACAGCAGAAGCAACAACAGCAGCAACAAAAACAGAUAACUAUUACUCUCA